UUUGAGAUUUCAUCCACAACAAUUGAGCUCAAAAAUGUUGAUCGGUCGCAAGAAAUAAUCGAACACGGUGCGAAGGGUAACGGGGAGGAUGAUGCUGUUUCAUUCGAUCUUAAGAUGAAAGAAAAUGUGCGACACCUCCAAGAGUCGGCAAAACGGAAAGCACAGGAGAUCAAUGAUCAAGAUAAAAAAUUAUCCAAGACGUUAGUCAAGAUAUGGAAUAUGUUUGGGGAUGCUAUUCGGAAAGAAAUUGAGCAAGUCAAGCAAGACAUAAAAAAACUCGAUCAUUCGAAAGAUUCCGAGGUUGAAGAUGGGCCGGCGAAAAAGAAGGUGAAGGAGUCGUUUGUGGAAACUCAAAGGAAAAAAUAUUUAUCUUCCGGAAGGGCUCUUGCGGCCAAGAGGAAAAAGGGAAAUGAGGCGGAGACAUUGGAGAAACUCAAGUCAUUUCAAUCAAAACUCAUGGUGGCGGAGCCCACAGAAGAUGCACCGAUACCAACAAAUGAGGAUGCUGAACCGUGCAUACUUCAUUCGAUCCUUUAG